UAAGCAGUUGGUUUUGUUGGCGGGGAUUCUUCCAACGACCUCUGUUACUCUUUGGCCUUUGCUAAUUGCUAUCCAUCUGUUCUAUCAGGAUGUCUCCGGAAGCAUCUCCGACGCACCUUUGCCGCCAUUUCCCACCUCCGUUUCUGCUCCGACGGAGCUCCUUCUCCGCCGUAGUGGGUUCCUGCCGGUUCCCGUCUGUCAGCUCUCUCCAUCGUCAUCCAGCCCAGCUUCUCCGCCUCGUUUCCUCCCCUCCAUCUUUCCUUCCCGCUACAACGACCGAUUUCCGCGGCAGACCGACCAAAAUUCCCGCCAUUCUCGAGCAGGAGGCUCAAGAGACGGUGGAUCCGCCACCUGGGUCGCCGGUGAAAAUCGUGGCCGUCGUAGGAGGGGGAAGCGUCAGCCCGCUCAAGUCCGCUACUUGGGAAGAAGUCAUGCUGCACACUGCGAAGAGAUUGAAAUGGGUCGAUGAAGCUUACGAAAUGCUAGUUUUCACUGACGAGUUGGAGGAAUCUGAUGCUGGCCGCACCAAGAUUCUAGAAACGGAAUCGGAAAGUGCUGAUAUAUUGCUUGUAGUUGCUGUAACAAAUCAAGCAUCGAUAGAUUGGAUUCAGAACAAGGGCAAACAUGUACCCAACAUUAUCUGUUUCGAUUCAUCUUCGAAGCUGGUGAACAAGCUUGGUGGAGCUGAUGUACAGAAGGAAUCGAAGGACGUCGUGGAGACUGUGGCCGAAGCAUGGAGCAGGCAUAACACGGAUGAUAUAAGAUUCUGUUUGUUGGUGGUCAUCAAUGCAUACAUAAGGCCGGUUCCAAUCCUCAAGAACUUGAGAUCAAAAGGGUUUUCGACACUAACCUGCAUGGUUAAGAAUUGUGGAUCUCAGAUAUUGGAUUGCUUGUUCGAUCCCAACUGCAGGAAAGCUCUGCAGUGCCUCAACCGUUGUAGUCCCGUGGAUCAGGUUUGUAACUAUCGGUGCAUCGCCUCGUACGAGAGCCCCAAGCUCGAGGCAUUCUCGCUUUGUGUGCUGCAGAAGCACAACUGUCUUGAAUUAGAUGCCAAGAUCCCUGAAAAGCCUAGUGUUGACCCCAUGGUCGCGUUUUGUGGGCAGGAGAUGACUCAUGAGAUAGCCGAGGAUCUCUUUGUGGGUUGGUUAGGGAAAUUGGAGUGGAGUUGGAGAGUCGUCGCUGGUCAGAACCCAGCAUAUGAUCAGUUCCCAUGUCAGUAUCAGUUGUUCUACAGAGGGAAGGCCAAAGGGUCAUUCUGGUAUGAACCAGUUUUCCAGGUGAAGACCUUGGAAGGAGGGGCCAUGGUGUGGAGAAGGAGAAAGUAUCGAGUCAAGAGAGACAAACUUCCUGGAACAUUCAACUUCAGCGUGUUGGACAAUGGGGUUGUAUCGAAUGAGUUCUGGACGAUUGUGGAUGUAUGUGAUGAGCUGACCUGGGGGUUGUUUCAUUACAAGGGUGCUGCUCGAGUUGCUGGUCAAUCAUAUACUGGCGCAGUUCUCGUUAGUCCAGAUGGACGGUUUCCGAGCGAGAAGGAGCGCAAGAGAGUAGCUUCUGCCUUGGAGAAAUGUGGGAUCAAAGAAUGGGAGCUUUUUGAAGUGGAUAACUGUUCAUGCCAUGAUCCUCCACUAGGAAUCCCAGAUGGGUCAGCUUUGCAUUCGGCGAUUGAUGUUAGAGACCUGAAGUUGGCCUCUAAUUAGGUAAAUGCCAAAGUUUGAAGCACUACUUUCUGUACUUCUUAUAUGCUCAACCUUAGACAGGUUCAAGUGAACUUAGCAGUUGCAGGCAUGGAGAGAAUGAGAUUAUCUGCACAACUUCUCUCUGUCUCUCUUCUAUGAGAAAUCAUGUGUCACAUUAGUUAGAAUAUAAAUACAAGAAAAACUAAUACUUUGUAUUCUAAACGUGUAGGAUUGAUGCAUACUGUAUAGUAUCCGUCCUGUUCAUUCAUCUGGCUUAGUUUUGAGAUUGCUGAACGAUUGUUCUACCAAUCCCUGUAUUAUAUGAUUAUAAUAAGCACAUUGUGUUAUU